AUGGCAGCAAAUCUUAAAAGUAAGUACUAUGAUAAUGAAGAGCCAAAUGAUGGUGUUUGGUGUGGUACCUGGAGGCCCGCCAAGCGUAGAGGACCUAUAUCUGCCAUGUCUCAAAGUCCAGGGCCAAAGUACUUACUACCUGGACUUACAGGUGCCAUACAGCAUGAUCCAACCAAGUGCAGGGCACCAAUGUACACAUUUGGAUUAAAUCUUAAUGUGGAAAAAACUGAUUGUUCCCCUGGGCCAAAGUAUUUGCUCCCCUCUAAUGUUACAAGAUACGGCAAAGAUGGGACACCUGCGUUUUCACUCCACGGCAGUCUAAAGCAUCCAGAAAAGUUCCAAGUUCCUGGACCAGGUCUGUAUAGCCCAGAGAAUUCAAACAAAUUAAUCUUCCCUUCAACUCCUGCCUAUUCCUUGUCUGGAAAAAACAAAGAUAUCAACAAGAACUUUACCCCGGGUCCAGCUGCCUAUACGCCGAGGCUUCAAACUGUGAUCACUCCUUCAGCUCCAUCUUACACCCUCUCUGGUCACAGUAAAAAGGGGAAUUUCCUUGAGGACAUAACACAUUCUCCAGGUCCAGCUGCUUACAAUGCUGCAGACCCAUACAUUUCUGGGUUAAGACCUCCUCAGUACAGCAUUGGAGCCCGCCGCUUUCAUCCUGACAAAUCUACAAACACCCCAGGUCCAGGAGCAUACUCUCCUGAGAAAUAUUUGUUGCCUAUAAGACGUUUUCCUCUUUUAACCAAUUAA